AUGAACCUGACAUCCUUCUUCCUCGGCCUAGUUGCCACUGCCUUGAGCGCUAUGGCUCUCCCAGCCAAGGUGGCCACAGCAAGGGAGCUCUCAAGUGCUGACAGAGUGGCCCUCAAGAAUGCUCUCGACAGUUUGAAGGCCGAAAAUCCAUCUGCUGCAGCCUCGGUCGAGAACGUCCAGGCCAACGACUACCUGUUCAAUGGUGUUUGGGCUAAGCGAGACGGCGAUACUGCCAUCGACAAGUCACGACUCUCGGCUCUUCUUGACCAGUUGAAGUCUGAAAACCCGGACGCUGUGGCCUCGGUAGAGGAAGUCCAGGCCAAUGACUAUCUAUUCAAUGGUGUAUGGGACAAGCGCGGCGCCGACAAGACGCCCGUUUCGGAGCACGUUCAUCUUGACCAGCGCACGGAUUAG